AUGACUUCUGUUCAUAUCUCAGUUUUGAAGGAUGAGCUGAGUAGGAACUCCUCCGAGGUGACUGAAUUCAUUCUGUUGGGAUUCAAAACCCCUCCAGAGCUACAGAUCCUCUUAUUCCUCGUGUUCUUGGUGAUCUAUGUGGUCAUCGUGGUGGGAAAUGUCAGCAUGAUAGCGGUCAUUAAGAUGGACUCCAGACUUCAAACGCCUAUGUAUUUCUUUCUUAGAAACCUGUCCUAUUUAGAUGUCUGUUAUUCCACAGUCAUUGCUCCCAAAACUUUAGCAAACAUCUUGACCAAUGAGAAGAAAAUUCCAUACAAUAGCUGCGCAGCCCAAUUUUUCUUUUUUGCCUUGUUUGUCACAACUGAAGGUUUCCUUCUGGCUGUGAUGGCAUUUGACCGCUUCUCAGCCAUAUGCUCCCCUCUCCUAUACCCUGUGCACAUGUCCCAGAAAGUCUGUGUUCAGUUGGUAAGUGGAUCCUACAUCUGCGGAUGCAUCAACUCCAUGAUACAAACAGGUUUCACUUUCAGUUUGCGUUUCUGUCAAGAGAACAGACUGGACCACUUUUUCUGUGAUGUCCCAGCCCUGAUCAAGAUCUCAUGCGUUGACACCUUUGUGAAUCAGAUUGUGCUGUUCGUGCUGUCUGCUGUCAUCAUCAUCACCACCACCACUGUCAUCCUGGUUUCCUAUGCGUACAUCCUCUCCACUGUCCUCAAGAUCCCCUCGACCCAGGGAAGGCAUAAGACUUUCUCCACCUGUGGCUCCCAUAUUGCAGUGGUGAGUUUAUUCUAUGGAUCUGUGUUCUUCAUGUACGCCCAGCCCGGGGCCAUCUCCUCACCACAGCAAAACAAGAUUGUAGCUGUAUUCUACACUCUCAUAAUACCAGUGCUAAACCCUCUAAUAUACAGUCUGAGAAACAGAGAUGUGAAAGAUGCUAUGAAAAGAAUAUUAUGUGGGACAUGGUCUUCUCUGUGA